AUGGGCCCGCAUUCGGAACCAUUCCAGCACUUGCUGGAGCCACUAAAAAUGGGAGAUCAGCUCCUGAAAAACCGUGUCAUCAUGGCAUCACUAACUCGGAACCGGGACAAUGUACCUCGAGAGAACCUCCACGCUCCAUAUUACAGUGAACGCGCAGGGACUGGUUUGAUUAUCUCCGAAGCUGCUUUGAUCUGUCCCCAGGGGGUCGAAUGGACUUUCAUGCCAGGCAUCUACUCCCUGGAACACGUUCAGGGUUGGAAGAAAGUGACCGAUGCUGUCCACGCGCAAGGAGGCCUCAUAUUUUGCCAGCUCCAUCAUGUCGGUCGAGUAGCUCACCCGUGUACGCGAGUGCAGCGCGAAUCCGGGCAGCCCGUACCCGGUCCUUCUGCGGUUGCUGCACGAGGCGGAAAGUUCCGUAAUGUUCCGGGUGGCCCUGGCUAUACGACGCCUACUCCAAUCGAGAACCCUCAGGCUAUCAUAGAGCUUUACGGACGAGCCUCCCGUCUCGCGAAAGAGGCAGGUUUCGACGGAGUCGAGAUCCACAACGCCAAUGGAUAUCUACCAAUGCAAUUCCUCGAAUCCCACAGCAACAAGCGCACAGACGAAUGGGGCGGGUCUAUUGGAAAUCGCAUGCGGUUUUCCCUUGCAUGUCUCGCAAAGAUGAAUGAGCACUUCCCUUAUCAUCGGAUCGGCAUCAAGAUUGCUCCCUGUGGUGGCUACAAUGAUAUGGGAGAAACGGAUGUUGAUGGAAACCCAUGCCCGGAAGCUGCGAAGGCGACCUACGGUCCUUUCUGUGCGGCGCUGAACACGCUUGGUCUUGCAUACGUCCAAGUUAUGCGCUGGUGGGCAGCGUACGACUUGAUGAUUGAUGGUAAACCACGUGGAGUAGAAUGGGACGCAAUUUCUUACCUCCGGCCAAUACUCAAAGACACGCUUCUUUUUGGCAACACGGGUUUCGAGCCAGAGGAGGCAGAAGAAUGGAUCCGAGACGGUCGCAUGGAUGGAGUGGUGAUCGGAAGACCCCUACUCUACAAUCCCGAUUACGUGGAGAAAUUGAAAUCCGCUCGGUCUAAUGAGUUGUAUAAAGAGCAGGUAGGCGAUGAAUUCUGGUGGUAUAAAUGGCGCAACAAUGACAAACGAGAUGGCUAUCUUGAUUGGGAUAAGAGGACUAUCAUACCUGUAUCUGUUGGCAAGGAUGACCGUUUGAGUUUGAUUCAUGAUUAA